CAGUCUUGGAGCGCUUCAGUGAUUUGAGCCCGCUGAAAAUUAUAGGGUUUGACAGUGAAUGGGUGAUUAUCGUCCCUGUGUAUAGUGUGGAGUGAGAAGUGACGUACUCUUGAUACCUUCGUAAAAGUCUGAAGUGAAGAUUACCAGUGGACCAAAGUUAAUCAUAUUCCAGGAUGGAUGACAGCAGCUGUGAUUUGGAAGUUGAGCAGUGUGACGUACAUGUUGAGAAGCCUGACGAAAACCUUACAAAGUGUCCGCAGAAAUCGGUUAACUUUUCUAUAGACUCUUUACUUUCGAAUAAAGCUAAUUCUGGCUCAAAAAGUACUGUGAUAGAAGUGGCAGAUGGACAGUACCUGCAAAAUGAAGCGAUUUCGUGUGAUAAUUCAGCAGAUGACCAAAACAAGGAAUGUUGUUCUGCACAGAUUGGUGGUGAAAGUACAGCAAGAAGAGAAAAUGAGGUGUCGUCUACAGAUGGUUACUAUCCGUCAGGCUAUUCAACAGAUUAUUCGUAUUCAGAUUGUAAAUCAGACGAAGAAAGAAAGAAACGUCCACGGACAGCAUUCACAGCAGCCCAGAUCAAAUCUUUGGAGGCAGAAUUCGAAAGAAAUAAAUACUUGUCAGUUGCAAAACGGUGUCAGCUUUCAAAACAACUAAAACUUACAGAAACGCAGAUAAAAAUAUGGUUCCAAAACAGACGGACAAAAUGGAAAAGGAAAUACACAAAUGAUAUUGAAUUGUUGGCACAACAGUACUACAGUUCAAUGGGAAUAUUAACCCCUAGGCCAAUAUUUUUGGGGGACAGAUUAUGGUUUUUUAACUACCCAGGUCAGCCAGGCUUAUCAACAGCACCUCCAAUAAUGCCAAACAUGCUGCCACCGCCACCUCAGACUGCUCCAAUGCCCAGUCAGGUACCUCUGGCACAUCCUCAUAACCCUUGCAUAAGAAAUUAUGUGGAAUAUCCACCCCCCUCUCUUCAAGAACAGCCUCCCGAAACGUCUCCCAUAGUACAAUUGCAGAACUUUGGAAGACACUUUGAAAACUCCUAGUUUUGGAGCUCAAUAAAGGAUGGAAGAUCAAACCACAAUAAAGUAUGUUGUUACCGUUGGUCACAAUACAGAAUUUUUUUAUUUUUACCAACCACUUACUGAAAAAUACAGGAUGUGGAUGUGAUAUUUAUCAAGGAAGGUACAGGGUGGUUAAGAAGUUUAUAACAUUGAGAUUUAUAGUAGUCAUCUCAAGUAAAUUUUGAUCCAUGAAUCUGUGAAAACAACUUUGCAUAUGAAAUAAAUAUUCCUCAUAAUCCUGUACAGCUGUACAAAUUGUUUUUUCUCUUAGUAGCUAAAGUGAAUGAAGCAUGAGCAUCUAGAAUUUGUAAAAAUAUAAUAAAACGUGGCUGUUAAAUUUAAUUACUGUUGGGUUACCAAACAUGUGUAUAUAUUUUAGUUAGCUGUAUAAUAGUAUAUGUUAUUUAAUAUAAAUUAUGUCUAGUGUAUAUCUGCAAUAAAAUUUUUGUAAUUUA